CCCGUCUCCCUCACGGCUGCGGGGCCCUGCGCCUACCGCCUGACGCUGUCGACCCUCACAACACCGUAGGAAGCAAUACCAGCCCACGGUUCAGAGGCGGAGGCAGAGGCAGGCACAGCGGGGCCUCGGAGCAGAUUUCAGAACACACAUACGGAGGAACAAGGCUUUCUCCUUCCUGCAUACCCUGUGUCAGCGUUCUCCAGGAAGAAAACCCACAUGGUGCACACACGCGCACGUGAUUGUGAGGCUUGACAAGCUGAAAGUGGAGGGCGUCUUGGUGCUGAAUUGGGGAAGUCUGUGGUGUAUCAGGAGACCAAUGGAGAAACAAGAGUUGAAAUAAAAGAAUCCGUUCGCGGCCAAGACAUUUUCAUCAUCCAGACGAUACCCAGAGACGUGAACACUGCGGUGAUGGAGCUGCUGAUCAUGGCGUACGCGCUGAAGACGGCCUGCGCCAGGAACAUCAUCGGGGUCAUCCCCUACUUCCCCUACAGCAAGCAGAGCAAGAUGCGCAAGCGCGGCUCCAUCGUGUGCAAGCUCCUGGCCUCCAUGCUGGCCAAGGCCGGUUUAACUCACAUUAUCACUAUGGACCUCCAUCAGAAGGAAAUCCAAGGCUUUUUCAGCUUCCCCGUGGACAACCUUAGAGCCUCACCUUUCCUGCUUCAGUAUAUCCAGGAAGAAAUUCCAAAUUACAGGAACGCGGUCAUCGUAGCCAAGUCCCCUGAUGCUGCAAAGAGGGCCCAGUCUUACGCUGAGCGACUGCGCCUGGGCCUGGCUGUGAUCCACGGAGAGGCGCAGUGCGCAGAGCUGGACAUGGAUGACGGCCGCCACUCCCCGCCGAUGGUCAGGAACGCCACCGUCCACCCGGGCCUGGAGCUGCCACUGAUGAUGGCCAAGGAGAAGCCGCCCAUCACCGUGGUGGGGGACGUCGGCGGGCGCAUCGCCAUCAUCGUGGACGACAUCAUCGACGACGUGGAGAGCUUCGUGGCUGCCGCCGAGAUCCUGAAGGAGAGGGGCGCGUACAAGAUCUACGUCAUGGCCACGCACGGCAUCCUGUCCGCGGAGGCCCCGCGCCUGAUCGAGGAGUCCUCCAUCGAUGAGGUGGUGGUGACCAACACUGUCCCCCACGAGGUGCAGAAGCUGCAGUGCCCCAAGAUCAAGACUGUGGACAUCAGCCUGAUUCUUUCUGAAGCGAUUCGCAGAAUCCACAACGGGGAGUCCAUGGCCUACCUUUUCCGGAACAUCACCGUGGACGACUAGGGGGCGCGCGCCCCGCCCGCCCCAGGGAGCUCACGACAGGCGGGCGGUGAUGGCGCCCCGCGCUUCCUGGGGGCUGAGGGUCUCGAGCCAGGUGGCGCUCCGGCGGGAGAGAGGGCUGCCACGCUUCCGCACGGUGCGCACCUGGCUGAGGGGGCCUGAGGUCUGGGCGGAGAAGCCUCCAGGGCAGGCAGUCGCCAGUCCCAGGGCUGUUCCGCAGCGGGCGGCCCAUGCUGACGCGGCGCUCGCCCAGGGAGGCCUUCCGCCCCGCGCCUGCUCCUGCCAGCCUCACGCACCUUUAGCAAGAGCCUGUGUCUCCCUGGGAAGCUGCAGUCCCACGGCCAUUAACCAGCAUUCCUGGUGUCGCCCCAGCAAGGAUUAGAGAACUACGCCCUGUCCCUGGAGGUCUGUGUUGCUCUUAGGUUGCAAAUAAAAGGAUUCUUUGUCUUGCUGGUC